CGCCGAUCGAGGGCGAAAGGGAAUCUACUGAAUUCGGUAAUAUCAGUCCGAUAUCAUUACGUUAAGUAAAUUAGUGUAUCAUUAUGUGGCUGUUCCUCGUUCUCCUGGCGCCAGCCUUAGGCCUCCAUCUGAACAAGGAGCCGCCGCCGCCGACGCCUCUCCACCGGUCGAGCGUCGAGACGCGCUGGCUGGACGUCAGGGUCAACCACUUCGAUGCCACCAACACCGACACCUUCCCCAUGCGUUUCUACUACAACAGCAGACAAACUUCUGAUCGCAACAUCGUAAUCUUCGUGGGAGGCGAGUGGGAGAUCACGGAGGGAUGGGUGACCGACGGCCUGGCGUACGACAUCGCAGGGUUCACUGGUGCAGGCCUGUUCUACACCGAGCACAGAUACUACGGCCUGACCAGACCUACCAAUGGUACUUCAGUUUCUGAGCUGCGGUUCCUCACAGUCGACCAGGCGCUGGCUGACCUGGCCCAGUUCAUCACCUACGUAAAGAGCAACGACUUCGAGAACGGCCGUUAUAGAAACGCCAAGGUCCUCCUGGUGGGCUGCUCGUACGCGGGCAGCAUGGCCACCUGGAUGAGGGUCCAGUACCCGCACCUGGUCGACGGCGCCUUCUCCGACAGCGGCCCGCUGCAUGCGCAGCACGACUUCCCUGAAUACCUGACGGUGGUGGGGCAAGCCAUCGCGUCGCAGGGCGGCAACGCGUGCUACAACAGCGUGGCCCAGGCCACCGCCGCCGUGGCGCAGCUCCUCACCUCCACUGCUGGCCGGGCUCAGGUCUCGCAGGCCUUCAACACCUGCACGCCGCUGACUGCGUCGGCGCUGGACCUGGCCACGUUCAGCUGGUCGGGGCUCGUGUACGCCUUCGCGGGACUGGCGCAGUACGCCGGGCCCGGGGACAUACAGGAGGCGUGUGCGCAGCUCACCAGCCCUGACAUCUCGGACCCCGUGGAGCGCCUAGCACAGUGGACUAUCCAGCAGUUUCCGGGUGAAACCUGCAUCGAGACCAGAUUCUCAGAGCUCAUACAGAUCUACUCCAAUACCAGCUUCGACUCACCGAUCGCUACUGGCCGGGCGUGGCUGUACCAGACCUGUGUGGAGUACGGCUGGUACCAGUCCACCGCCGGCGAGUCGCAGCCUUUUGGCUCCGGCGUGCCAGUGGAAUACUUCCAGCAGAUGUGCACCGACUUCUUCUCUUCCUUCUUCGACGCCAACCGCACGCAGUACGGCAUCAGUCGCACCAACCUGUUCUUCGGGGGCCUGACGCAGCUGCCCGACCGCGUCAUCACCGUGCAGGGGCAGUUCGACCCGUGGCACCCCAUGGGCCCCGGAGCGGAGCACGCGCGUUCCACCGCCCCUGUGCACUUUGUGCCGGAGAUAUCGCACUGCAGGAUUAUUUAUUCCCUAAACAACAGCGAGACGGAAUCAGUCCGCGAGGUGAAGCUGCACGUCAUCAACUUCAUGAACGAAAUCGUGCACGGCGUGAUGGACGCCGGCGCCGAGCGAGCCGCCCUGUCGCUGGUACUGUUGCUAGGAGUGGCUCUCAGCUUGCUGUAGAUAGUGUAUUAUAGGUAAAGCCCGGUCCGUGAGCACGUAGAAUUUUGUCCACUGACCCCUAGCUACCCAUCCUUAUCGCUCGCGCGUAAUUAUAUCGCUGUCGCGACUGUGCGACUGGCACCUGCAGUGAGUGUGCGAGCGCGAUAGCAACAUAAUUACGCGCGAGCGAUAAGGAUGGGUAGCUAGGGGUCAUUAGACAAAAUUCUACGUGCACACGGUCCAGACUAUAGAAGUAAUGCAUGUCCAAUGAAAUUGUUGGAAGUCCACAAAUUGCAACCGCAGAUGCUUGCCUACGUAGAUUUUUUUAACACGUAAGUACUUAGGCCCGGUUUUUGAUUCGUAGUUAAAAUAACAAAUUGUUAAAUUUUGCUACUAAUGGUUAAAUAUUAACAAAAUGUAAACUAAUAGUUAAAAAAUGUACUAAAAGUCAAGCUAACCAUUGUUCGAAAAUCAUUUUUUUCUGAUAUUUAACCACUUUUCAUUGAUCAUGAAUUAAAAAACUGGGCCUUAGUAAUGCAAAACCUGAUAUUGGUAACUAAUUUAUUUAACAAGUAGGUAUUUUGUAACGUCUGAGCUUUUUUGAUAAUUUUCAAUUAUAUUAGGCUGCCUAAGUAUCAAAUAAUUAACGCCAUCUGCCGGCUUCGAACUCAAAUUGGUUUUCUUCCCACGCUGUCCUUAUCAUUAGUUUUAGCAAAAAACUUUUCGUUGUAACGCUGGUACUCAAUGCUUCCAGUGUGCUUACCAUGAGUUUACGUUAGGUGUGCUCGCUAGCGAGUACGUCAAAAAAAACUAUGAAGAUUUUAUUUCUCGAAAGUAGCCGCUAGGGGCGCUUCAGAGUAUGUCAUACAUUUUAAUGACAUUUUUUUUACGCAGUUGCUAGCGAGCACACCUAACGUAAACUCAUGGUAAGCACACAGAUAAUGUGUUGAGGUGAGUUUCGUUAUUUUAGUGCCUAGUUGACCUGUCCUUUUAGUUUAGAUAUUCCCCUCCUUGAAUAGUAACUGAUAUUAUGCUUUGAGGUAGCGGGAUACUAAAAUAAGAGCUAAUAGGAAGGGCAGUGCUCACAAGCUAUGGCCAACGUGGGAAGAAAUCAACCGAUUUCUUAUUACCAAGGGUUUUCAAUGCACUCAACAACACGGGUGAAGCUGUUACUAACCUAAGAUAAAUAUUAAAGCAUGUUUUACACUUUUU